UUUGUCCUCUUCCCCAAAUCUCUUCAACAAAAUAUCAAAAACUAAAUAGAGAGAGGAAAAAUGGCGAGAGGGAAGAUCCAGAUCAAGAGGAUAGAGAACCAGACAAACCGACAAGUGACGUAUUCCAAGAGAAGAAAUGGUUUGUUCAAGAAAGCUCACGAGCUCACGGUUUUGUGUGACGCUAGGGUUUCGAUUAUCAUGUUCUCUAGUUCCAACAAGCUUCAUGAGUUUAUCAGCCCUAACACCACAACGAAGGAGAUCAUAGAUCUGUACCAAACAGUUUCUGAUGUUGAUGUUUGGAGUGCUCACUAUGAGAGAAUGCAAGAAACCAAGAGGAAAUUAUUGGAGACAAAUAGAAAUCUUCGGACUCAGAUUAAACAGAGGCUAGGUGAGUGUUUAGACGAGCUUGAUAUUCAGGAGCUGCGUAGUCUUGAGGAAGAAAUGGAAAACACUUUCAAACUCGUUCGCGAGCGCAAGUUUAAAUCACUUGGGAACCAAAUCGAGACCACCAAGAAAAAGAACAAGAGUCAACAAGACAUACAAAAGAAUCUCAUACAUGAGCUGGAACUAAGAGCAGAAGAUCCUCAUUAUGGACUAGUAGAAAAUGGAGGAGACUACGAUUCAGUUCUUGGAUAUCAACUUCGCUUCCAUCAGAACCAUCACCACCAUUACCCCAACCAUGCCCUUCAUGCAGCAUCUGCCUCUGAUAUCAUUACCUUCCACCUUCUUGAAUAACUAAGGGUUUGAAGGUUGCUGGUGAUGUCAUUAUCUAUCUAUUUAAUAAAAUAAAUACUUAAAAGCGUAAGGCUGGUUCUACUGAAACCUUAAACGGUCAUGUUUCUUAAUUAUGUAUUUUCUUAAACCUUAAGAAUUAAGGAUUGUGUGAUCAGUAGCUUGCUGCUUUAACUUCUUGUGGAUUGAAUGUGUUUCAACACUACGUAUGAUAAUAUAUUUGACGGUUUCCUACUGA